UAGAAAUAUAUUCCUUGUCUUUCAGGCAAAAUACACUUUCAUCGAUCGCUUGGUAUGAAAUGGAAGUGUCACUCAUAAAAACUAUUGUGGUUAGACAGCUUGCAUUAAAUAUGUCAGAUUGUUGUGGUGGUUAUAACAUCCUGGAAUAAACCGCAACCAGCCAUUGUUUUCUAUCCAUUUGAGUACAAUAUGAAAAUUAGUUGUGUAAACAUUGUAACAUGAUCAACAUGUGCAUGGUCGGAUGAAUCCACUGCCCCAAAAAAACCUAUUCACAAGAUGUUGUUCUUUUGUUUUUUUUAAAUAUUAAAUUCAAAAACAACAAAAUGUGAAUGGACUUGGUCAUUGUUUGCAUUUAAGUUAUUAUUCACCGGCUACUUUGAGUUCUGUGUUGGAGUUUCCCAAAAGCAUUUUCCCAGAAACAAGAAAGAAUUUUCAAAACAGUUCCUGUUGGCAACACCAGUACCACAAGAUAAAAAUGUAAGUUUCAAGCCAAGUUUCAAAGCAGACCCUGUUUGUUGAUGUAUUGUCUUUUGUAAGCAUUUUUAUUGUUUUCCUUUAUUAGUAGAUAAAAGAUUACCCGAACCCACAGCUGUUGUACUAUUUCCAGGAAUUUAGGAUUUUGAUAGUAUAGUUUAGACAGUAGUUGCCAUGUGCAUACACCAGGGGUUUUCACGCAGCUAUUUAGUUAAGGGCGGUGCCAUUCUUUGUCAGUGUGUUGACAUUUCAGUGCAACAGUAUUAAUUUCCUUGAACACAUAAAUUCACGAGAACUGCGUGGAGGCUCUACUUUGUGCAUUUCUAUAUAUGUAAAAUCAUGCAUAUUCUUAAUUUUCUUUUAGGUGUGUUUUUCUCUCCUCUCAGUCUGGUUUUUUCAGAGGAGGUUUUCUUGCAAUAUUCUGCAUGUUGUGUCUUCAAAGGUCCGGACUUGGAUCAUGUUGAGUAUGACAUUGUGAAUCGUGUCAACAACAAAGUAUUGAUUCGGUUCAACAGCACAAGGGGAAAUUGGACUGGAAACACACCCUUUGCAAUUGAAAUGGCAAAAGUUCUGAACACCAAUCCAGUGUAUGCCAUAAGAAGAGCAUUUGAAAUGAAGGUUCUGUGCAUAGAUAACAUAGGUCUUGUUAAACAGAUAGGCAGUCUUACCUCUGCCCCCAUCAUCAAGAUGAAUUCUGUGAAUCACCCGCCCAUGCUUGUUUGCAGUGCCUAUAACUUUUAUCCAAAGCACAUUCGAAUGACAUGGUUGAGGAACGGGCAGGAAGUGACCUCAGCUGCCAGUUUUUCUGAAGCAAUGCCUGAUGGAGACUGGUAUUACCAGAUUCAUUCCUACCUGGUGCACACCCCUACUGCAGGAGAAAAAAUUACCUGCAUGGUCGAACACCUCAGCCUCUCUGAACCAAUCCUUCAGGUCUGGGACCACUCUCUUUCUGCAUCAGAACGGAUUAACAUUGUUUUCGGAACAUUAUUGCUGGCACUUGGUUUUGUCUUAAUGAGCACUGGAUUCAUCUACUACAAGAAAAAGUCUGGCGUCACUCUCUCACAGGUCACUCUCUGCCAAGGAAGAGUUUUGGUUCCCAUGGAAGACCCCCCUGCAGCUGAAGCAACUUGCUAAGAUAAAGACGUGUUCACCUUAGCAUGUGCUGUAGUUGGAUAGUAAACUUUGAUGAAAAAGAGAUUGUGUGAGUGCUGUGGAAGUGGAUUGUAUGCAUCCAUAUAAACUUAAAGUAUAUCAUAAUGUACAGUCAUGUCAGCCUUUUCAACUGUAUGAAC